CCUCGUAACGCUGGCAACAGCGCCCGCCCACCGGCCUCUGGGCUGCCAUUGGUCGGCGGCCGCGAAGCCCUCCCGCCAGCUCUGGAGGCCAUUGGCUGGAGUCACGGCGCAGCCGGAGCCCGGGUUGGCGGGCGCGGAGGUCACUCAGAGUCAGAGGCAGGGUCAAAUGGGGAGAGAUGGCGCCGGAGCCAAGCUGUGGGCGCAUCUUUGGAACAAGACCCCGGAACUCCGGGCCAGCCUCCAGCCUCAAUCCGGUGGGCGCCUGAAAGACGGAGCCCACCGGGUCAGCAGCCCUGCGGAGAGAAGCCCUUUGGCCUUGGCUUCCGGACGUUUCCCAGCGGCCCCCAUGGCUCUGGCCAUGCUGAACGAGCUCCUGAUGGAGGACCCACGCCCGCCUCUGCUGCUGUACCAGGUGGGCAAGACGGCCCAGUUAGAGGCGCUGAACUAUCAGAGCUGCUCGAUGCAGGGGGUCUUUGCGCGUUUCCCCGAGGUCUUAUUUAUCCACCGAACCUAUAACCCCCGGGGCAAAGUGUUAUAUACCUUCCUGGUGGACGGGCCGCGGGUGCAGCUGGAGGGUCAUCUCGCCCGGGCCGUCUACUUCGCCAUCCCUGUCCAGGAGGACGCCGAAGGCCUGGCCCAGAUGCUCCAGGUGUUCAAGAGGUGUAACCCGGCCUGGGAGCGCGUCUGCACCGUCCUGGUGGACCCGCACUUCCUCCCCGUGCCCGCCCUGGCGAUGGAGUUCCCCGCCGCCGAAGUCCUGCUCUCGGCCUUUCACGUCUGUAAGUUCCUCCAGGGCAAGUUCUACCAGCUGGCGCUGGAGCAGCCGCUGGAGCGGACACUGCUGGCCUCUCUGCGGAGCACCAUGUGCUCGGCCACAGCCGGCAACCUGCGGAAGCUGCACGCCCUCCUGAGCACCUGCGUGCCCGCCGCCCAGCUGCCCCAGCUCCACGCCCACUGGCUGCUCAACGACCGCAUCUGGCUGGCCCACCGCUGGCGAAGCCGCGCCGAGAGCAGCCGCUACUUCCAGGGCCUGGAGGUCACCACCCGCAUCCUCAGCCUGGCCUUCGGCACCAACCCGUCCGUGGAGCAAGGGGUAGCCGCCGUCCUCCGCUCCGUGAAGCACGGCCCCGCCGGCCAGGCCGACCCUCUCCUGCCAGGCCCGAAGCCUGCCGACCUGAGCCCCGAGAGCCCCGGGCAGCUGGUCGAGGCCCGCAUCCAGCACUCCCUCAACGCCAUCUGCACGGGGCCGGCGGCCCGGCUGUGUCUGGGCGAGCUGGCGGUGGUCCAGAAAUCCGUGCACCUCAUCGGCUCGGGCUCGGAGCAGGUGAACAUCCAGAUCCUCGAGGACACGCACCGGGUACAGGCCGAGCCCCCGGCCAGCUGCAGCUGCUACUUCAACCAGACCUUCCACCUGCCCUGCCGCCACAUCCUCGCCAUGCUCAGUGCCCGCGGGCAGGUGCUCCAGCCGGACAUGCUGCCCGCUCCGUGGACCGCGGGCUGCGCUGCCAGCCUGGACGACGUCCUGAGCAGCAAAUGCAACGAGGCCCUGGACAAGCACUUGGCCGUGGCGCUCCUGACGGAGGAGGUGGGGCAGCUCCUCCAACACUGUGGCCAGGAGGAGUUUGCCCGGCGCUACAGUACCCUGCGGGAACUGGCCGACAGCUGGAUCGGCCCUUACGAGCAGAUCCAGCUGUGACCAGAGCCCCUUC